GGAAACAAAAUGGAGCUUGUGGUCCUAACUCAUUCACUCUGUCUCUCAUCCUUUUACUUGCCUAUUCUACUUGGGUCUCCCUCUCCUUCUUUCUCACUCUUUUGCUCUUUUCACUCUCUUCACACAGAUAGUACUUGUGUAAAUAGCGUAUGUGUAUAUAUUUUCUUGUACUAUUCUUUUCUGUCUUUAUUAUUGUUAAAAAGUUUUACUAAUUUUGUUGAAAGAUGGAAGCAAGAGGGAAACAAAAGAUGGGGAAGGUGGUGAAAAGGGAGGCAGAUAUGGAGUCUGAUGAUGAUGGGAGUGAGCUGCAAUUUGGUGGGUCUAUGGAAGAUGAUGAUAAGAAAAGGAAGGAUGUGAUCGUCCUUGGUGGCAGUGGUGCUGCUGCUGCUGGUGGGUCUGGGAGGAAGGGGUUAACUGGUGCUGGUGCUAUGAGGUGUUGUCAGGCAGAGAACUGUACGGCUGAUCUGAGUGAUGCAAAGCAGUAUCAUAGGAGGCAUAAAGUGUGUGAACAUCAUUCCAAGGCUCAGGUUGCGCUUGUGGCUGGACUUAGGCAGCGCUUUUGUCAACAAUGUAGCAGAUUCCACGUGCUUUCUGAAUUUGAUGAAGCCAAAAGAAGUUGUCGCAGGCGUUUGGCUGGGCAUAAUGAGAGACGAAGGAAGAACUCCACUGAAUCUCAUGGGGAAGGCUCAGGCCGCAAAGGAACAGGCACCCAGUUGAAGGAUAUGAUCUGUGGGCAGGUUGAUGAAAGGGGAAGGAUUAAGUUGACUAUCCAAGAAACUUCCACCUGAUGGUGAUGGAAUUGUGGUAUUCCUCCCCAAAUUCAGCAAAUGACAUGGGCAUCCAUACACUGCAUUACAGUAUGCGAUGUCAGGUAUGAUUAAGAUUGUAAAAUUUCUUUUGUAUGGAUUUCCUUUUCCCUUUAUCUCCUCUUUUGUAAGCUAGAUUCGGCAUGUAACAAUAUGUAAUUCUACUCUAGAACUCAUUCCUUAUUUCUGGUUCUACCUAUAUAUGGUUAGGUGCCCGAGUUGGGGAAAACAAUGAGGGAAAUGCUGCUAUUUCAUUUAGACAAAGAUGCCUUCACGGGUACAUUUGUUUUUUUGUUUUUUUUUUUUUGAAAGGCAUAGUUUUAUUACUUAAAGGUCUGGCAAGAGGAGACUGACAAAAGAGGGAUCAAGCAUGCCAUGAAUAAUAGUAGCAGGCUGCAAAACGAUGGAGGCCUGCUACGUUCAGAAGUUAAAGUGAAAUGAAACAGAGCAUGGAAGCAUUUUAAGACAUCAGUGAAACAGUGACAUCUACUGAGAAAAUAAACUCCAGAAAUAACCAACUGAAAAUGAGCAUUUUAAUCACCCUCCUUCUGAUGGUUCUGAAAGUAGGAUCUGAAGUUUGAAGCUCUUAUCACCCCCUGCGUUGGCCAAUCCGCCUGCCACGGUAUUGGCUUCUCAUAUGAUGUUGUUGAAGGAGAUCCCUACACUGUUGAAUAGGUAAACCUCAAUGGCAUUCAAGAUGUUAUUCAUCCUCCACGGAGCUUUAUUGUGGUUGUUGACCCAGUUAAUGGCAUUCAAAGAGUCGCUCUCGUGGAUAGCAUAGAAAGAGUCCUCUGUGCCAAUGUUUUCAGAAUAGAAGCCAAGAACGAAGCCCAUACGGUCCCUGAAUAUCAUCCCAAGAAAUGACUUCCAAGUUUCAUCUGUUGUAAUCACAAUCAUUUUAAUAGUUGGUACGAAAGACUUUGAGGUGAAAUUUAUAAGAUGACAGGGUUACUCAUGAUUUAAUGCGCCUCUGACGUCUACUUUUUGAGAAGGACGAAGGUAAAUAUUGCUGUCAAACAACACACAUGGCAAAUUUAGUGUCACGGGAGGAAACUUCCCAGUAUAAGCAGCCGCUUGGCUUGUCUUAAGGUGGAGGAGUUGUUACCUGUCGUGUGUGUUUUUGGCAUGUUUUGUUUUUUUUUAGUUUCUGAUUUCGGUUAUUCACGUUUCUCGUAAGCUGUAACUUGUAAGAGCGUAUGGCACUGCUUACACUGAUAUCAUCCCAAGAAAUGACUUCCAAGUUCCACCUGUUAUAAUGACGAUCAUA